UGAGAGGCGGAGGAAGCCCGAGGGGGCGGUGGCGUGCGGACCAGAUAUCCGCGGCCUGAGUAUCUUCUAGACUCCACCGAACCUGCCGAGCCCACCCUACCGCCUCUCCUUACUCUUCCGGGAACCGUCGCGAGCAAGUGCGCCUGCGUGCCGCCCACUCCGCGCGCCUCGCCGCUGUCCUCCGGCGGGCCGGCGUUCCGACGGUUCCGGCCGCGCUUCCCGCCCGGCGUCUGGGCUCGGCAGCGCACCGGCGUGCGGCAUGUCUCGGCGACGGCACAGAGACGAGAACGACGGCGGACAGCCUCACAAAAGGAGAAAGACCUCUGAUGCAAAUGAAACUGAAGAUCAUUUGGAAUCUUUAAUAUGCAAAGUAGGAGAAAAGAGUGCCUGCUCGUUGGAGAGCAACCUAGAAGGCUUGGCUGGUGUUUUGGAAGCUGAUCUUCCUAACUACAAGAGCAAGAUCUUAAGGCUUCUUUGUACAGUUGCACGUCUGUUACCUGAGAAGUUAACAAUUUAUACAACAUUAGUUGGACUGCUGAAUGCCAGGAAUUACAACUUUGGUGGAGAGUUUGUAGAAGCUAUGAUUCGUCAACUUAAAGAAUCUUUGAAAGCAAACAGUUAUAAUGAAGCUGUAUAUUUGGUUCGUUUUUUAUCUGAUCUUGUGAAUUGUCACGUCAUUGCAGCCCCAUCAAUGGUUGCUAUGUUUGAAAAUUUUGUAAGUGUAACUCAGGAAGAAGAUGUACCUCAGGUACGACGGGAUUGGUACGUGUAUGCAUUUCUGUCGUCUUUGCCCUGGGUUGGGAAGGAGUUGUAUGAGAAGAAGGAUGCAGAGAUGGACCGCAUCUUUGCCAACACUGAAAACUAUCUUAAAAGACGCCAAAAGACGCAUGUGCCCAUGUUACAAGUGUGGACUGCUGAGAAGCCACAUCCACAAGAAGAGUAUUUAGAUUGCCUCUGGGCCCAGAUUCAGAAAUUGAAAAAGGAUCACUGGCAGGAGCGGCACAUCCUAAGGCCUUAUCUUGCCUUUGACAGCAUCCUGUGUGAAGCACUGCAGCACAACUUGCCUCCCUUUACACCACCUCCUCACACUGAAGACUCAGUGUACCCGAUGCCAAGGGUCAUCUUCAGAAUGUUUGAUUACACAGAUGAUCCAGAGGGUCCUGUAAUGCCAGGGAGUCAUUCAGUAGAAAGAUUUGUAAUAGAAGAAAAUCUUCACUGCAUCAUUAAAUCCCACUGGAAGGAAAGGAAUACUUGUGCUGCACAGCUGGUGAGCUAUCCAGGGAAGAACAAGAUCCCCUUGAACUACCACAUAGUUGAGGUCAUCUUUGCAGAGCUGUUUCAACUUCCAGCACCCCCUCACAUUGAUGUGAUGUACACAACACUUCUCAUUGAACUGUGCAAACUUCAGCCUGGUUCUCUACCCCAAGUUCUUGCACAGGCAACUGAAAUGCUGUACAUGCGUUUGGACACGAUGAAUACUACAUGUGUAGACAGGUUUAUUAAUUGGUUUUCACAUCAUCUAAGUAACUUCCAGUUCCGUUGGAGCUGGGAAGAUUGGUCAGAUUGUCUUACUCAAGAUCCUGAAAGUCCCAAACCAAAGUUUGUAAGAGAAGUUCUAGAAAAAUGUAUGAGGUUGUCUUACCAUCAGCGUAUAUUAGAUAUUGUUCCUCCGACCUUCUCAGCUCUAUGUCCUGCAAACCCAACCUGCAUUUACAAGUAUGGAGAUGAAAGUAGUAAUUCUCUUCCUGGACAUUCGGUUGCCCUCUGUUUAUCUGUUGCCUUUAAAAGUAAAGCAACCAAUGAUGAAAUCUUCAGAAUUCUGAAAGAUGUACCGAAUCCUAACCAGGAUGACGAUGACGAUGAAGGAUUCAGCUUUAACCCAUUAAAAAUAGAGGUCUUUGUGCAGACUCUGCUACACUUGGCUGCCAAAUCGUUCAGCCACUCCUUUAGUGCUCUUGCAAAGUUUCAUGAAGUCUUCAAAACCCUAGCUGAAAGUGAUGAAGGAAAGUUACACGUUCUAAGAGUUAUGUUUGAAGUCUGGAGGAACCAUCCACAGAUGAUUGCUGUUCUAGUAGAUAAGAUGAUUCGUACACAGAUUGUUAACUGUGCUGCGGUAGCAAAUUGGAUCUUCUCUUCAGAACUGUCUCGUGACUUUACUAGGUUAUUCGUUUGGGAAAUCUUGCACUCCACAAUUCGUAAGAUGAACAAACACGUUCUGAAGAUCCAGAAAGAGCUGGAAGAAGCUAAAGAAAAACUCGCAAGGCAACACAAACGGCGAAGUGAUGAUGAUGACAGAAGCAGUGACAGGAAGGAUGGGGCUCUUGAGGAGCAAAUAGAAAGACUACAGGAAAAAGUGGAAUCUGCUCAGAGUGAACAGAAGAACCUCUUCCUGGUCAUAUUUCAGCGGUUUAUCAUGAUCUUGACUGAGCACUUAGUACGAUGUGAAACUGACGGGACCAGUGUAUUAACACCAUGGUACAAGAACUGUAUAGAGCGGCUCCAGCAGAUCUUUUUACAGGUUUGUGGGAAGCUUGAUUACAUAACAGACAUCACUAUUCUCAGCCACAGAGAUAUUCCAUUUUUAAAAAUCACCAAAUUUGUAAGGAGGUUAUGUGGUACCUGGAAGCUUUUUAUUGUAGUUCAUGUCCAUUUGCACCUACUGUUGCUCAUCAGAAUAUUUAGGCUUAAAUUUGUUCUGUCAUUCAGACUCCUACCUGUCAUUCUCUUUGCUAGAAAGCCUAGUAGCUAUAAUACAAAAUGUAGAGGGAAACAAUGCGAAAGGAACAGUAAUUGCAAUACAUGUAUAAAGGUCCUUAAAACCUCACGUGCAGAUGAUGAAGAGUGCCUGCAGAAGCAAGGCCAAGUUCCCUGAGGUCUUUACAGAAAGUAAAACACAGCACCUGCUCUCUGCUAAAUUUAAGUUAAAGAUUGGUAGGAAUGUGGAACAAAUUCUUGGUUUCUUCAGACAUUUAACACCCCAAAUCCUCAUUUAUUUUAGAAAAGAGGGACUAAAGUAGAAAUCAUAAAAGGAAAAAAGUUUUUUAAGCCUCCAAAUAAAAAUUCUAAGCCUCCAAAUAAAAAUUCUCUCCAGAUUUUUUAGUUAUUUUUUUUACCAAUUAAAACAGUCUCUAGUCCUCUAGGGCUCUCUGGGUAUAUUCAAGUUAUAAGGUGCACAUAUAGGAGAUUAUUUCAUUUUCUGACACUUUUUUUCCAACGUAGGCUCAAGAAGUCACUAUUUUCAAUAAGACAAAAAAGCUAUUUUCAAAUAUAAACCAAAGUGAGAUUUGGGUUUCUUAUUUAGUGGAAUACAGAAUUAACCAGUGAUAUGUUAAUUUUUUUCUUUGGCAAAGAGAUAUUUUAAUGCUCUAGCCAAAAAAAAAAAAAAAAGAUUCCCAAUGUUUUUCUUACAUUUCAGGGACUGUGGUUUUAAUCCUGAACUGUAACAACUGUGCUAUUCUAUUCUUACUUGUAACAUAUGCCAUCUUCCUCCCCUUUUUAAAAACUCUUCCUAGGUCAGUCCCUGUCUGGGUUACUUUCAAAAAGUCCUACUUGUGUUUUGUCUUCAUUAGGGGAGACUCUGCUUAACUUAGUAGGUAGUUGUAGCAGCAGGCACUGCCUUGAAGCACUGAAUAGAAGCUGGUCAGAACUGGAUUGUUUUUGAAGUUACUGAGCAUCCUUUUUCCCUCAUUUCCCUCUACAUUUUCUUAAUGUUGGGGAUUUUCAGGGGUCCAUUAUUGCCAUCAGCAUAACCGCUUUUUGCCUAUGCCUUCCUGUCACUGCACAAUGUGGGUGGGCUGCUAAGGGGAGUGUUCUGCAAGACUGCUGUGUGUUCUUUCUCCUGACCCAGCCACCCCUCUUCUGUGUCCACAGCAUCACCAGAUAAUCCAGCAGUACAUGGUGACCCUGGAGAACCUGCUCUUCACUGCCGAGUUAGAUCCUCAUAUCCUGGCUGUAUUCCAGCAGUUCU